AUGGUUUUCCCCCCCGCGAGUCCCCGGGUUGAGCCCGCUCCAGCCAUAUCCGUCCCAGUCGACGAAAAGCCCCUCGGUGUGGACAUCAAAGAGAGCAGCAGCAGUACCAUCGACCGAGAGAGCCAUACGCCCUCUCCCACCUCCAUCGAGCAAGAUGCGACGACGACGACGGACUGGUCCCAGUACACCCUGCGGAGGCGACCAUGGCGGAGACGAGUGACCGACUUUGCCGACAUCGUCGCGGCCAGAUAUAGCGGCGGCGGAACCUCCGAUGACCCUUACAUUGUGCAGUGGUUGGAUCAUGACCCCGAGAACCCCAUGACCUUUGGCAUCUGGUUCAAAUGUUGGAUGACCAUCCUGCUUGCCUUCAUGACCCUCUGCGUGUCGCUGGCCUCGUCGGCGUACACAGGUGCCGCCGAGCUCAUCAUCCGGGAGUUCCAUUGCAGUACUGAGGUCUUCCUGCUCGGGCUGAGCUUCAUGGUGAUGGGCUUCGCGAUCGGGCCCCUACUGUGGGCGCCGCUCGCCGAGGCCAUCUCGCGACGGGACAUCCUGCUGGUGGCUCUUGCCUUCUACAUUGUCUGGACCGCCGUGUGUGCCACGGCACAAAAUAUUGCGACCCUGAUCGUGUUCCGCCUGCUCUGCGGCACCUUUGGGUCGGCCGUCUUCGUCAUCCCGGCCGGCCAGCUGUCCGAUAUGUGGGACGCGCGAGAGCGCGGCGUCGCCCAGGCCGUGUAUGCGGCGGCGCCCUUUCUGGGUCCAACCUUGGGUCCCGCUGUCGGAGGGUUCCUCAGCCCGGCGGCGGGGUGGCGCUGGCUCUUUGGCUUUCUCGCCCUGUACGCCGGCAUCCUGACCUUCCUGGGUCUGGUGUUUGUGCCCGAGACAUACGCCCCGAUCCUCCUGCGGCGGAGGGCGCAGCUACUGUCCAAGGUGACAGGCAAGACGUACAUGACUAAAAUCGACAUCGUGCAGCCGCUGGUCUUCAAGGACCUGGUCAAGCGGUCGCUCAGCCGGCCAUGGGCACUUUUAUUCCGAGAGCCGAUUGUGCUGGCUCUUACGACCUACAUGUCCGUCGUCUACGGCACACUAUAUCUGUGCUUCGCCGCCUUCCCCAUCAUCUUUCAACAGGGCUACGGCUGGAACGCCGGCGAGGAAGGGCUGGCGUUUCUCGGCAUCAUGCUGGGCAUUCUGUCCGGCGUCGGCCUGAUCAUCCUGGACAACAAACGCUACGCCCGCAUCCACGCUGCCCACGGUGGCUUUGCGCCUCCCGAGGCCCGGCUCCCGCCCGUCAUUGUCGGCGGCGUCGUCACCGUCGUCGGCCUCGCCUGGUUCGCCGCUACGGCCGACCCCAGCAUCCACUUCAUCGUGCCCAUCCUGGCGGGGGUGCCGUUCGGCAUCGGCUUUAUUCUGAUUUUCAUGUCCUGUGUCAAUUAUCUAAUCGACUCAUACGUCAUCUACUCCGCCUCGGUGAUGGCGGGCAACUCGAUCAUGCGGUCGACGUUCGGCGCCGUCUUCCCGCUGUUCGCCACCUACAUGUACAACAACCUGGGCCUGCACUGGGCUUCGGCGGUGCCGGGCUUCAUCGCCCUCGCCUGCCUCCCGUUCCCCAUCCUGUUCUACCGCUACGGCGCCGCCAUCCGCCGCCGCUGCAAGUAUUCCGCCCAGGCCGCCCGCUUCCUCGACUCGCUCAAGAGUGACCUCGAGAGGCAGCGCAGUCGGGCCGACCACGACGGCAAGGCCGACGAGGAGGAGGGGGGAGCGGCCAGGUUCGGGAAAGAGAUGAGAGGAGAAGGCGGUGUGCGUGACGGCGGGGAGGAGGAGCAGGAAGAAGGAGAACGGGAGACGGAAGAGGUCAGACAUGGCAGAAUUGCCGUUAUUGCCGAGUGA